UAUAUUGAUAUUUGUAAUAAUAGAAAUUAAAGAAAAUGGCUUCAAGCUCUCAAAGCUUCUCCUUCGCAGGAGUAUGCUUGCUGCUAAUAUCAGUUACUCUAAUUGUUCUCUUUAUGUACCUUUUAGCUAUAAAUAUGAAAUAUAUUAAAGAACUAAGUUAUAAGAUCAAAAUAAUCAUAAGAGCAGCUUUUGAAAAGGAUUCCCCGCUUCAUAAAUAUAAGAAAAAGAUUGAAAAAUCAAAGCUUGAUGAAACUUUCAUUGAAAAUAUAGACGAAGAAGCUCCAAAAGAGAAUAUUAAUCCUCAGGAAGUUAUUAAGAUUCUUAAAUCAAUGGCAGACAAAGGAAGAAGUGCCAAGUUUUGCGAUAUCUUGAGACUUGUCAUGGAAAAAUAUAACCAUUUACUCAUGUGGCCAUUUACUCGCAAGAGUGAGUAUAAAUAAAUACGACCUAUUAAGACCUCUCUCUAGAUUCUAUAAUUUGUUGAAUAUAACUGGCCUAUUAAUCAUAUGGACAGUAGUUGUAUUUUUAGUUGCAGCUACUUAUACUUAUCAGACGAGUAUUGACAAGAUGAGCUUAACCUCUCUGUUGUUGAUUAUAUUCCUUGUCCCACUUCUUUGUAGUCCUAUCAUCAUUAUUUGUAUUCAUCUAUUUUACAGAAUUUAUAUGGAUACAAUUAAAAAGGUUUUCUCACAAGCUUACCAUCCCGAGAAAUACAUGAAAGAAGAGCAAGAACAGGAAAAUUCUAUUAUCUGUGCAGUUCCAGUCCAAAAUCAGCAAAAGUCUGAAAGCGACAUGUUUGAAGAAGUUAAAGACCCUAACUCUAAUCACGACCAUAGUGACAUCUUCCAGUAUGAAGGAGGAGAAGAAUGUAAAUCUUAUGGCGAUUCACAAGACCAAAGUGAUAGGGUAGUGUUCCCUUCAAUAAACCAUGAAACCCAGAGAGGUUUUGUACCUGAGACCGACCAAAUAUAUAAUUCUGAGUCAAGCAGUGAGCCAAAGCAGAUGAAAGAGACUAAAAUCCGUAGGAUUACAGAUAAUGAUUCCAUAUCUGAUGAAAGCAACCCUAACCUCCAAAAUGGAAGCAACCAGAGUUCUUUGCAAAAACAAGGGAAUUCUAACUCAGAAGAUGGUGACGAAGAUUUAUCGGUUUAUGAAGUCCAAUCUGACGAUGACACAAAUCAAGAAGCAAAAAUAAAUGUUGGCUUGAUGGAAAGCGAGUCAAGAAGUAACGAAAACCUAAAGACAAUUCUGAUAUUUAUUGGUUUGUUCUCGAUCUUAGCAUUUGCUGUAGCAAUAUGCUGUCAUGUUGCCUUCAAUCUGUCAUCUUCAGUUACCACGUUAUGAAUACUGAUAAUAGUUUGUGAGCUUCUUGACUUGUUAGUGUUCAGAAACAUUUACUGACUCAUUAUCUCAAUUUUCCUUUGGUGUAAGAAGAGAAAACAUGAAAAGAAGCUGCAGAAAUACUUGGAAAUAGUCAUUCAAAAGUAUCUUUCUGAAAAAUGGGAUAAAAAUGCUCCAUUGGGAGGUUUUAAUUUUAAAAACAAGAGGCAGGCUCUUAAAGAUGGACAAUUUGAUUCCGAAAACAAUUUUAUAGGAGGAGAGAAAGGGUUCAUCAAGAACUUAGAACAUGAAAAUGGUAGAGAUAUCACAAACUUUCAGUUUGACGAGACUAACGAGAACGCUAUGAAAUUGAGAGAAGAUGCAGAGGCUAGAAGACAAGCACUUUUGCUUAAAAUGCGUUCAACUAAUAAUAGUAACGCUUUCACGGAAACUGAGUCUAAAGCCAUGACGAGAAGAAAGAACUUAAAAGACCCAGAUGGAGUCCUAGGAAUCAAUGACGAUAUGAGCGAUCUCGAUCGUCCUGCCUUCCAAAGGCAACUAAAUAAGGAUGAAAUCGAUCGAAUUCUUGCUGAAAAUCCUGAAAUUGCAGAUGAGUUCGAUAACGAGAGACAAAGAUGGUUAGAGUUUGGAGAAGAGGAUAACAACAAUAUCAACCCUCUCAGUGACUACAACACACUCCUCGUUUCAAAAAUGCAAAAGGGCUACGAUAAGAAGGCAGAUGGGAUGAUUGAUGAUUUCAGAAAGAAGGAAUUCAACUCAAAACUAGCCAAAAUUGAGGAAGAAAGAAUCAACGACCUAGACGACCUAGAAAUGGACAAGCUUGAAAUGCAAGGCAAAGCAGUUGCUUUCCAGAACUCUGAAGGCAUAGUAGUGCGUAAAUAAGAUCAAGAAGAAAAGAAAGGGCAAGGGAAAGAAGAAAGGAAAAAUGUUUGUCUUAGAUACCCCUUAUGGCAGAGCCAAGUAUUAUAAGAGGCCUCCUUCUCCUGAAGCAAUUGAUGAGGAAGAAAAUGUCAUACCAGAAAGCAAUUGACAAAGCAAAUAAAUUAGAGAAAGCCAAGAAAAAGACAAAGAAAGGCAAGAAGGAUAAAAAGACCAACCCGAAAGAGAAGUCAUUCGAUACAAUUUCGGGAUCAAGUGCAGUCGAAGGAGAUACUAUUAUGUUUGAAACUGGUCUUGGACCCCAGAAAGUAGAUGAUUCAGGAAUUGAUGGAGUUGAGGAAAGAGAUAUGGUUGUGUAUGACAAAGAUGAUAUGACUAAUUUCUCAAGAAGUUAUGGGUUAAACAAAAUGCAGUCAAGACUUUCUCUCAUGAACUGGGCAAAAUCUCAAGAAAAGCUCUCCACUGGUGAGAUUGGAGGGGAUUCUGAUGAGGAUCAAGUAGCACAGUUUCAAACUAACACUAAUUUUGGAUUCAAUUCGAUGAACUCACCAGAACCAAAAGCUAAGCUUAUUCAAAAGAAACCUAAAAGAAAGAGAAAGAAGAGGAAGACUAAGUCUAUAUCCGUUAAUUCAUUCAGAAGAGGAAACCAACUUACUUCUCGAAGCGUUCUAUCCUCAAUCGAUUCAAGAAAUUAUGAUUCCGAGAACAACUAUUCUUCCGAAGAAGACAAUCCUAAUGAUAGAUCAGGCUUGCUAUCUUUCGUUGUUGGAAAAACCAGGAAAAAGAAAGGAAAAAUCAAGAAGAAAAAUAAAUGGGUCAAAGGAAGCCAACAUGAGAAAAACGAAGGAAGAAAGAGUUUUAGACAAACAACCAAUCUAUCAAAGAAUGAAAAAGACCAAAAUACCAAAAAGAGCAAAGCCCUCUCCUAUGAAGAUGAUGUCUUCUGGCUCUCCUUAUGAAGAGUACCUCCCAAAUAGAUUCAAAGAUGUGUAUCAGGAGGAUAAUGAAAAUUUUCAAGAAGAAAGGCCUAUCAGAAGACCUAAACCUAUGAAAUUACCUUCAGAAUACACAUUGAGUCCUAAUUUCACUAGUGCUUCAAAGCCUCCACUUGACAAGCCAGCUCAAAGAAGCUUAAAUUUCAAUAAACCUUCAGACGAAAGGAUACAAAAGAGGCUCAACAAAUUUGCUGAAAAUGAUGAAGAUAAGAAAUUCUCCUUACAUGAUUACGAUCUGGAGAGCCCGAUUCAGGAAUCACCAAACGAAGUUGGAGAUACAUCCUCUCUCGAAGAACAUGGUGAAGAUAUUAGUAAACCGAUGUUCCAGAGGAAUAAUAUUAUAAAAUCUCCAUCUGAAGACACUGAAAAACAACCUAAGAGAGAGCUCUUAUUUUCAAUGAAUAAAGAUUUUCACAUGAAUACAGAGAAACUACAAUCCGUAGAUUCUCGAACCCAUUCCAAAGAUGGUAGUAGAGCAGGAAGUAAAGGAAGAACUUACAUAGGUCAGAAUGCUAUCUUUAGUCAGAAAUUUUAAUAAUUUCCAUAGUUUUAACAAUAUGUUAUCAAUUAUC